AGUUCCUAAAGUGUAGUGAGAACCAGAAUCUGCAACUGGUUGGAAGAUGAAAUAUACACUGUUCUUCUUUACUUGGAAUUUCAUGGCAGUGGGUUUAUCCAGGGCAGGUCUCACUACAGUGUGAUCACAAAGAGUUAUUGAAGAGAUGAGAGCUAGCAACAACAUGUGCAGGAAGGUGACGUGUUUCUCGAAGGACAUAAAAGCAUACAUCACACCACUGCUUCGGCAUUGUGCCCUGGGAAGGAUGUAAGAUCAUGACUGGUGCUACAUUGAGCUCUCCUGUGGGCCUUCUGCUUGGGCAAACAAAUUCCCUAUGUGCGGGAAUACACAUCAAUCACCAAUUAAUAUAGAGACGGCAAGUGCCAAAGUGAAUCCUGACAUGAAACCUCUUAUUUUUGAAAGCCCAUCUCAGCAUAAAACCAGGGAGGCAACAGUGACAAAUAAUGGCCAUAGCUUUGAUGUGAAAUUAAAAGAAGACUACACCCUCCGUGGAGCUCUACACCCAGCUAUAUUUAAACUCAAAUCAUUCCAUUUCCACUUUGGGGCCCCUGGACGUUUAACCAAAGGGUCUGAGCACCGCAUUAAUAAAAAGGCAUACCCAAUGGAGAUGCACAUAGUGUUUUAUAACUCCAACUACAAAUCAGCAGAUGAAGCCAUGCAGCAUGAUGAUGGAUUAGCGGUGUUAGGAGUAUUUUUUGAGGUUGGUGCAAAGAAUUAUGUUAUGCAGACCAUAAUUGAUCAGCUCCCAAACAUCAAGUACAAAGGACAGAGUGCAGUCUUUUCUAUGUCCUUGGAUGAUCUGUUGCCCCGGAGACUGCUGUCAUCCUACUACGGUUAUAAAGGAUCACUAACUACACCACCAUGCACUGAGAAUGUAGCCUGGAGGGUCCUGGCUCAGCCACUCAAGAUCAGUAAAAAACAGCUUAAGACCAUUACUAAAUCUUUGUACUAUACACGUGCCAACGACCAUCACAAGGAACGUAUGUGGAACAACUAUCGUCCUGUGCAACCUCUCAAUAAAAGAGUAGUCAGUCAUUAUUUAAAAUGAAUUCCUUUUGAUCUGGCUGUACUACUUACUGUGGAUGCUGUUAUUCUUAUUUCUGUAUUUCAAUAUAUGUGGCUGCACAGAUAAAUACAGAACUGCAAUUAAUGUCAUGUCUUUCUGCAGGACAAAGUGCUGUUUCAGCACAGUGGCUCAAAACCCCAUAGAAAAGUUCACCUAAUGUAUGUUGUUUAAAAUAAGAGACAGUAGGCAUCAUGCAACUGUUAUUAGCAAUAAAAUGCAUUUAUGUAUUUA